AGGGAGUGGGUGGGCACGAGCGUCCUCCCCUCCACCACUGGGCCGUGGGGGUGGGGUGGGGGGAGGAACGGGGUGGAGCCAUGGAUUCUGUUCCCUGUGGAACUUGACUUAGUUGACGGCCGUGAUCCAAUCCCUUUAUCCCCCAGAUCAUUCACUUUGCCUAGUGGAGAGUCCGAGCCUUGGGUCAUCACAGGGGCACUCAUGCCUGGGAUCAUGGUCAGUGAGGGUUUAGCCUUUGUUGUUCCUGCUGCCCUCCCCCAACAGUAUCAAGUUAGCCCUGGACCUAGGGAUCCUCAAUAGGGAAGCUACCGAGUAUGUAUUAAGCACCUACUGUGUACUAGCACUGUCCACAAUACAGUUAAGAAUACAAAAUUUAUAGGAUAGACACAGUUCCUAUCCUCAAGGAGAAAGUUGGUGCUAUUGCGUGUGUAAUUAUGUGCUAACUAUAAAGUCAUAAGACUGCUUCUAAAACAAAAUAUGCAAACACGCCAAGUAGUACAUCCAGCUGGAGCGCUGCCCUUCAAAGCAAUCUCAUUCCCUGGCCAUGAUUGUUUACUAGUGAUGCAGUUUUUAAUUCACAAUUUAAGAGUUACUUAAUUAUAGAAAAACUGGAAACUGUAAGUAUAAAGGAGAAAAGUCAGCCAUAAUUCCACCACAAUUGGCCAUUGUUAAUAUGGUGUUAUUAUUAUGUGCCAACUUUUGUCUGUGCCUGUUUUUUUUUUUUCUUUUAACAAACUUGGGAUCAAACUAUUUUGUAACCUAAUAUUUACACCUAAUAUUAUAAAAUGAAUCUUCUCCCCCAUUGUUAAAAACGGCAAUGAUUCUGAUGUUGCUGGAAGUGAUUUUUGGAAUCCCUUUUGAGAAUUGCUUUCAAAGUCAAUUUAUGAGAUGCAUUUAUUUUUGUUCCUUUUGGUACACACCUUGCCUUUGGCCCAGUUCAGUAUUACCCGACUUCAGCAUCCACUUUUGUCAGAGUUGGCUCUGUGUUUGUAAACAUAAAACCAACUCUCAGAGAUUUGUCACUUUUUUAAAAAGUCAAAAGGCGUAUCUCAGGCUCUGAAGGCAAUUCCCUAAAGAGUUCCAAAAAUGCUUUCUUGGGAGGUCAUGGUCACUGAACCCUACCCUGAAAGGACAGCUCGCACAUCAACCAUGUAAUCGGAAGAAUAAUGAACACAUCGGUGUGCCAGGCACCCUGCCCGUGGGCUUUACACCUAUUAACCCAGUGAAUCAUUACAGACAACAGAUGGAAUAGGUACUAGAAUUAUCCCCUCUAAAGGCAAAGAAAUGGAGGCCCAGAGAGGUUAAGUACCUUAUCCAAGGUCACACAGCUAAAACACGGUGGAGCCAGGAUUCGAAUCCAGGCAGCAGGAUUCCAGAGCCCGUGCCCUAACCAUCACCCUCUAUACCCUGUCCAUUUAUGUUUGAUGCUUUAAAAAAAAAAGUCUCGUUACUUUAUAGUUGCACCUAAUUUGGGGGAGCUCCUGAGGGCUUCCCAGUAUGUCUUUGACUGAGCCUAGCUCCCUGGUACCCCCGGAGUUCAGUCUGUUUUCCUCUCCUUGGGCAGUGGCCACCACUGCACUGUCUCUUGUGUUUCCCUUUCCCUGGGGCUGGCUCCCUUCAUCCUUGCUCUUUCUGAAAACAACUGCAGACGCCUUUUUAAGUGUUCUUCCUGUGAUUCCUACAGCAAAGCAGAUGGAAGUAGGUGUGAGGAGGGAGUAUAAGGCGUAACCAAGUUGCAAAGGUUCUAGGAAGCUUUCGAGGUGUGUGAGUGAACUAAACCUGUUUUUGUUAAAUAGACUUUUGGGGCCACAACUCCCUAGCUCUUCCUCCAGUUCUUUCACUGGGAAUCAUCCCACUCAGCCUCUUCGGGGCUGGAUACUGGGUUCUGCCACUCAGAUUAGGCUCAAGGCGCGUCCAGGUUGGCGUUGCUGCUGGGCUCGGUAAGACUCUCACCCUUAUUUUCUCUGCUUGCUCUGAGAUCCCACCUGAGAGCGGCAGCCUGCUUUUGCCUUUUCCCCUGAUUUUGGCCUGAGUGGGACACAGAGUUCAUAGUUCACCUGAGGGCCCUGGUGAUUGACAUCUCCUGAGCUUAUCAGGAGAUCCAUUUCAUCAAACCUGUUCUAUGUGCCCUUCCUGACUCUUCAAGGUGUUCUCUCCCUUUCCCCUCCCUCCCAGCCCCAAGAGUGGAGUUACAGGAUUGUGGUUUUGCAAUUUCAAAUUACUCUGACCAUGCAAAAGAGCAAGAGAUAGAAUUCCCUCCAACGAGACAGGGGCUUCAUUUCUCUGAAGCUCCCAAGUGCAUGAGGAAAGAGAGAUCAGCGUGAACCAGGACAGUCAGCCGGGGAAGGUCCGGUGGUGCAUUCAGACCUUGAGCUUGGACCUUGAAGGGUAGAAGCGUAGAUGGACGUGAGGGAGAAUGAGAGUUUGAGAACUGAGGGUGGGUGGGUGGUAUGGGGGAGCUGUGUUUAGGGAGAACGAGGCUGUCUGAGAAGGGUAAGAUGAGCGAUGAAGACAACAUUUAUCCAGUCUUCCCAAAUGUUGGUGCACAUCACAAUCGCCUGGGGAACAGUGAAAACGCUUGGUGCCUAGGCCAUACCCAGACCAGUUCAAUCAGAAGGUCUGGGGUCGGGGGCCAGGUAUCAGGGGUGUUUAAAGAGCCGCAGGUGAUUCCAACGUGCAGCCAAGUUUGGAACCAUUUCCUGGUUUGUUACCUACAUGUAUCCGAGACUUUGCGGAAAGACCUGCAGUGCGGUAGGAUACAAAUAGAAAAUGAAAUUGGAAGCGAGGAGGAAAGGACAAUGAGGAAAGAAGACGAUGAAGCCAAGGGAUAAGUCAGUUCAUAAAAUACCUGCUGUGAGAUGCUGUGACGUUGCUAGAAUGGCCAGAAUUUGGACUCUGAGCUUCCUUGUAGCUGAAGCAGAAGGGAAGCUGAGCAGUUAGGAAAGUCCUAGGAUGGGACCAACCAGUGCUUCAGGAGAAGCCCGGGGACCCAGAGCAGAAGGACGUUUCUCUCUAGGCUCUUCAGAAAGGGGGCUCCACGUGGGGCUGUGGACAGGGCUUCAACCCUGUCUCACAAUCACACGGAACCAGGAGUUUCACACGGGCCACUGGCUAAAACUGAAACACCCCUUGGUGUUGUCCUUGGAGGUCAUUCAAGGCCAGAAUCAACUGCUUGGGUCUAAUGUAGAAAGAAAGGUUGACGGUACUUCCUAAACUCUUGAUUUUUGUCUGUAACUAAUUUAAAAAUCCUCCCAUCUCCCUGGCCUCCUGGCUGAUUAGAAACUAACCAUACUUGUCUGCCUGCAGAUAGAGGGUCUGCCUUUUGUCUUUCUUGUGGUCAUUUCUUAUUCCAGGCAGUCAACUUGUCACUUCCUUCACCAGGCCAGGGGCUCAGAGGAGCAAAUGCAUUUGAUUAAGACACAAAACAGAAGCUUUGGCUCGUCAUCACUGUGCCCCUAGAGCGAGUUCACCUGCUAUGGCCUCCACUCUGAGGAGGGGUUUCUGCUCCUUCUAGAGCCCGGGCUUAGCCACAGGGGCAUUCUGCUGGUGGGGUCACUGCCUCGGAUCUUGCCCACUGACACGAAGACGUGGGAGGGGCUGUUGCCUACAGAGGAGCAGAAAGGGCAACUCUGCCUCCCCCGUCUCUUCCCCCAGCCCCAGACAGUUGAGAAAUUCUCAUUCAGCCAGGCCUGUCUCUCCCCGGAGCCAGUGCCCGGGAGCCCACCUGGCCUGCUCAGCAGAGUCAGCUCUCGUUGGCCCCAGGUGGGCUAUGGGUCAGGUCAGGCUGGGGACCGACCUGGCAGAGCGCCGUCAGGGCGGCCUCAGGGAGGGGUGAGGGUAGUAUGGCUACUCAGGUGGGGGUGCUCCCACACCUGGGUGGCUCUGGAGCGCGUGGCAGCGUGUGUGUGCUGCCGGAGGAUGGGUGUGCCGCAGGGGUGGGGAGCUCCCUGCGCUCUGCUCUGUCUUUCAGCAUGUGAGUCUUAGAGGCUGUGGGUAAAUUCGUGUGCGUGUGUGCAUGUGUGUGUGUGUACAGGAGGUGGGCAAGGCUGUGCUCACGGCUGUUGGCUCUGUGGCCCUCAGGGCCCAGGUCUGUGGCGUUUACACCUUCCUGCAGGGGUUCUCCUGGUCUGCCCAGCUGGCGGGGAGCUGGGUGGCACUGCACGUGUGGCUCUCCUGUGCCUUGGUGGAGACCCUCAGGCGCGUCCCUUUGAUGCUGCCGUGCGAGCAGGUCUCCAGGUGGCUGGUGUGGGCAGCCGUGCAGGCCGGCAGAGGCCCGGUGCAGGUGUGGGGCACGGUGAGCCCGGUCCAGCUGGGUGCCCACACGCUCUUCCUGGGCGCGUACCUGCGCCUGCAUGUCUGCUUUGCUGCCAUCAGCUCUAAGGUCCGAGUGAGGGUCCACGUGCCCUUCUGCGUCUCACUGCCCUUCAGAGUCCACGGCCCCCUGAGCCCGGGCUUCAAAGUGAGGCUGCGGGCCCAGAGGCUUGACAGGGCCGAGGGGGAGGUGGGUGUACCCCAAGGGGAGCAGAGGCCCCAGGUGUCCAGGAGGCUCGAGCCCGCAAGGAGAUGGGAGGUGUUACUGAGCAGGGGUGAGCUCUGUCCAGGUGGGCGCGUGAAGGGGCUGCUGUCUGUGCCCUGGACCUGUGCCCAGCUUGGGUGCCAGGCCACGCUUGGAGCUUGCUCCUCCUAUUACGAUGCAGGAGAAAGAACAUUCUCUCCUCUUGCACUGUCAAGCCUGUGUGGCCGCCUCUCUCCUUUCCCCGCUGGGCUCUGGGGACCUCCCUCCUGGACUACGUGGUCCCUGGGGAAGGCACAGGCAGAAGGACCCGGCAGGGCCCAGGCCUUGCCCUCUGUGCGCUGAGAACAGGGCUGCUCAGGACAGCGUUGGGCUGGGAGCCCUUCUCUUCCCCCUGCCCUUGCCUCCUCUGCAGAUCUCCCUCCCUCAGGCUCUCUGUCCCUCCCCGUCUCCGCCCUUCCCCGGGGGGAGCUCUACUUUUCCUCCAGCUUCUGCAGGGCAGACCCCUCUUCUGGGCCAUCAUGGACCCUGCCUUCUGCUCGGGGACUCCCUCUGCCCAGGCCCCCGACUCCGCCCCUGAGCGGAGUGUGCUCAGGUGCGCCUGGCUCUCC